AUGAGGAACUUCACCUUUACUUCAGUUUUACUUCUCUGCUGCCUCAGCUGGAUCUCUGUCUCAGGUUCUGAGUCUCACACUGUGGAGGUCAAGCCUGGUGAAGAAGUCACACUGACGUGCACCAACAUUUCCAGCAGUCCAUGUCAGACCGACUGGUUCAGACUGAUCAGCAGAACCAAGCCCAGCUGCAUCUCCUCCAUGUAUGAGGCUGAUGGUGGAGCUUCGUUCUGUGAUGGAUUUCAAAGUGGAUUUGAAAUGAGCUCCAACAUCUCCACUGUCUUUCUUAAAAUCAAGCGAGUGGAUUUAUCUGACUGCGGACUGUAUUUCUGUGGAUUCUACAAAGACACACAUACAGUCAUUGCCAAUGCAACACAUUUGAAAGUUCAAGGUAAUGGUGGAUCUAAUGGUGAUGUAGAUUUUGAGACUGAAAAGGAGCCUGAUGGAAUGACAAACCUUUUAAGCAUGAUCCAAGUUGGUCUGACUGUCUCCCUCACUAUAGUCGUCAUUGUUCUGGUUGUAAAAAUCAGAAAACUUCAGACAGGUACAAUUGAUUUAUUUUUUGUUACAAAUGUUGGACAAACACAAAGCAAAGCAUGUGUUCAGUAA